AUGGCUGAGGUUCUGGGAACUAUUGCCAGCGGGAUCAGCAUCGCGCAGUUGGCUAGAAAUCUUGCGUCUAGCAUCAUCAAACUUAACAGCUAUUGGGACCAGAUCCAGGACCCACCCGACGAUAUCGCUUUUCUUGUGCGCAACAUUGAAAGUCACCAUGCCAUCCUUCGCAUUAUCUUGGAGAAGCAAGCGCAGCUCACAGCUUCAUGUCAAUCUACAGGUGGAUUGUUUCAGCAGAGUAUAAGGCUAUUACAAGAUGCUCCUUUGCAAUUAGACGGGCCUGUUGACGCCUUGACCAAGAAUAUCAACUCCAACCGAAAAUGGAAACGUACAUUGGGAUCUGCAAACAUUCUCUUGAAGACGGAGCAACUAAAAAGAUUGAAAAGAAGAAUGAAGAGUGCUACGAGAUCUAUGCAUAUAGCCAUUUCCUGGCAGAUGAAUACACAAGUAUCUGUGGAUAGCGCGGUCCUACCACAAACCACUAGUAUCACCGUGGAGGCUGAAACAAAACUCCCAGUGGAUCAUAGCUUUCAUAAACACGAACCGAUUCCAACCAUGAGUCGAUAUAAUUCGUCAAGAUGGAUCACAUUCAUUUUUGGGUCAAUCGGAAGUCAAAAAGUGAUGAAGAAAAACCACAAAGGUGCCUUUCAAAGAUCUAAGGCUGUAUACCACCCCCCAGCUCGGAUUUCAAAUAGAUCAUGGCAUUGUACAGCAAAGAUUUAUCCUCGCUGA